AUGGUAACGGAAGAAAUGAAAGCAAUGGCAAUAAAUCAACAAAACUAUUUUGGAGCGAGACUCAUCAAAAGUUGUGUGUGCAGGCCAGGCGGGGUGGAAGCGUUGAAAAGUGCGGCCCUCAAUGACGAGCGGUUGACGCUGUUGGCUCUGAGUUUAAAGAAAGUCAUUUAUGAGAAAAUCUUUCGAAAAUGCACACGACUCAUGAAUGACAAUGUUGAAGUGUCUUGUGAUCGCUCGGGCGGUCAUUGGGAAACAAUUGGAUUUCAAGGAGCUGAUCCAAGCACAGAUUUACGAUCUGCUGGCAUGCUCGGCCUUCUUCAACUCCACUCAUUCGUCACUCGAUCUAUAAGCGAUGAAAUUUUGGAUAUAAUUCUGAAAUUAGCUCAAGAUAAAGAUCAGAAUUUCCCGUUUGCCGUUGUUGGUAUUAAUUUCACAGCGUUGAUCAUCGAGCGGCUCAAGAAUGGCACAUUGAAUGAGUGGGUUCUUUUGAAAGUUCAAAUUGAAAGACGA